AUGGAUUUGGAUGACCUCUUGAAGAACUCACAUGGAAAACGCACAGUCGAGAAUCUUCAAGAGCGUCUUCCACAGCUCUCGCCAGAGCAGGCGCAGUCAGAGGCUUUGCGAUUCGAGCAGCGUAUCAUUGAAUUGUCAGACGAGAACCGUGCCAAGGCCACAAAAGAGCCCACGGCAGACGAUCCACAAGGCAGCAUUGUUGGCCUGCCGGGCGUGAAAGAUCUUUUGUCGCAACUUAACGAGGGUCCGAAGCAGGACCCCCAGCGCAACCCUGGCUGGGCCAUCGUUACAAGUGCAACGGGUGACUAUGCCCGCCGCGCAUUCCUGUCCACAAAGUCUUCCGAGCUGCCGAAGGUGUUUGUCUCAGCUGACGACGUAUCGAAGGGCAAGCCUGACCCGCAGCCAUAUGCUAAGGGUGCUGAACUCAACCACGUGAACAUUACAAACUGCUUUGUCGUUGAGGAUGCUCCUGCGGGUGUGCUUAGCGGCAAGCGUGCUGGUGCUCGUGUCUUGGCUGUCAAGACCACACACGAUGCCGAGCGUCUGUGGCGUCAAGGUGCCGACUUUGUGGUCGACAACCUCACAAAGGUGAAGGCCCGAUGGUCUGGUAACAAGAUUGUCCUCACGAUUGACUCAGAGCUGCGUCCAAGCUUUGAGUAG